AUAUAAAGCUGGCGGUCUUCCAACGCUAUUCACUGUUUUGUGGACACCGGGAACGCUUGGGUCAAACAUGGCCGACUCUGUGUCGCUCCUCCUUGGAACCGUCGUUUUGCUCGCCCUGGCAAUGCAGCAAACCGGAGCCGCAGAGACACGUGUCUUCGACUUGCCGAAAAAAAUCCAAGAGUUCGUGAACCAACAGUCUAAGGCACACAACGUUCCAGUCAUCUGGUGGAGCAUGCACGGCGACCACGAUCAUCUUGUCGAGAACGCCGCAGAGUACAGCAAGUACAAGGUGAGCACCAGAGUGGGCCCCUUGCAGUACGGCAGCGUGAGCAAGUCGUCCGUCCUGCCCAAAGUGGUGCACACGGAAUGGGCCCACAACAACCAGCCGACCAAACCGAUCGUCGUCACCGUGAAGCGGGAAAAGACCCUGACGCACCAGUACUCGUGGCAGACGCAAGACACGUUCACCGUGGGUACCUCGGUCUCCAUCGAGGCGGGCCUGCCGGGCGUGGCGGACUUCACCGGCUCGUUCAGCACCACCGUCAGCCUCUCUAACACUGCAGGGCAAGUCCACACCGACGCGGAGAAGUACGCCGUCGAUCUGGGCGUCACGGUUCCGCCAAUGAAGUCGGCAAAAAUUGAGUGGGUCAUCACCGAUGUCACUCAGGAAAUUCCAUGGACUGCCCAAAUUGACAUAGAAGGCUGGUUCGCUGUCUGGUUCCGGGAAAAGAUCAGCGACCACUACCUCUGGUUCUUCGACGUCAGGCUCCUCAACGACCCACUUCUGCAAGAAACCGAAAAGGGAGUGCACUACACCGCCAAGGGCAUCUUCAAGGGCGUUUUCGGGAGCGAUUCCCAGCUUCGCGUCAGUGAAUACGACCUCGGGGCUUAUGGUGGGAAACCGACCAAAGUUUACACCAUUCCUCUGCCCUCACCACGCCUCGUAGCAGGUAAUUAUGUCACACUGCAAAUACCAUGACAAUGCGAAUAAAGACGGUUUUAACUUCCGA